CCCUGGUGUAAGAGAUCCUCUCCUCCGUCCCCGCCUCCCCCGCCUGCGCCCCUGCCUCCGCCUCUGCCCACCCAGGCCAGUCCCUUACAACUGCCCCAGGACUGCUCCUGGGUGGCUGCUGCAGGACAGACGGCCACCAGGUCACCCCUCUCUGCCUCAGCUAGAAAGACUUGAGUUAGACAAGCAGAAGCACACGCCUCCCUACCUCAUGGCGACAGAAAAAGGAGCAGUCGAGCUGGGAAUCCAGAGCCCGUCAACAGACAAGGCACCUAAAGGUGCAGCAGGCAAAGGACCCCCGACUGCAGAGAAAGACCCUGGUCCCCCAGACUCAGAGAAGGGUCCUGGGCCCCCAGAUGCAAAGAAAGAACCUGAUCCACCCACCCUGAAGAAAGAUGCCAAACCCCCUGCCCUAGAGAAAAGGGGUGGUGCCCUGGCCCAACCCUCGAUUAGCAACCAGGGCCCCGAUGGGAAAGGUGGUCUGGGUGGGAGGCCUGCGGAGGGCAGUGCUGGGCAACCAGCAGCCCUGCCCCAGCAGACUGCAACAGCAGAGGUCAGUGACAAGAAACCCAGUGCCAAGCAGGGGACCUCAGGCAGCCAGGACUCUACCAAGGUGCACAAGAAGGUGGCAGAGGGCCCAGCAACAGCCAGGAGGGGCUCACCUGCCUUUCUGCACAGCCCCAGCUGUCCUGCCAUCAUCUCAAGCCCUGAGACGCUGCUGGCUGGGCUUAAGCCCCCAGAUGAGGCAUCGGAGCUCAUCUUUGAAGGGGUGCCCAUGACCCCCGGCCCCCUGGAUCCUGGGCCAGCCAACGCAGCGGAAGGAGGGAAGAACAUCCUGGCAGACAGCCAGAAGGAAGCAGAAGAGAAGGCUCCAGGCCAGGCUGGCCAGGCUAAGGUGCAAGGGGACACCUCGAGGGGGAUUGAGUUCCAGGCUGUUUCCCCGGAGAGAUCGGAGAUGGGGCAGGCCCUCAGUCUCACAGCAAGGGAGGAGGACUGCUUCCAGAUUUUGGAUGACUGCCCGCCACCCCCCGCCCCCUUCCCCCACCGCAUCGUGGAGCUGAGGACCGGGAAUGUCAACAGUCAGUUCAGCUUGAACUCCAAGGACGCGCUGGGCGGGGGCAAGUUUGGAGCAGUCUGUACCUGCACAGAGAGAGCCACAGGCCUCAAGUUAGCUGCCAAGGUCAUCAAGAAACAGACACCCAAAGACAAGGAAAUGGUGAUGCUUGAGAUCGAAGUUAUGAACCAGCUGAACCACCGCAACCUGAUCCAGCUGUACGCGGCCAUUGAGACCUCGCACGAGAUCGUCCUGUUCAUGGAGUACAUCGAGGGUGGCGAGCUCUUCGAGAGGAUCGUGGAUGAGGACUACCAGCUGACGGAGGUGGACACCAUGGUGUUUGUCAGGCAGAUCUGCGACGGGAUCCUCUUCAUGCACAGGAUGAGGGUUCUGCAUCUGGACCUUAAGCCAGAGAACAUCCUGUGCGUCAACACCACAGGCCAUAUGGUGAAGAUCAUUGACUUCGGCCUGGCGCGAAGGUACAACCCCAAUGAGAAGCUGAAGGUGAAUUUUGGAACCCCAGAGUUCUUGUCACCUGAGGUGGUAAAUUACGACCAAAUCUCCGAUAAGACAGACAUGUGGAGCAUGGGGGUCAUCACCUACAUGCUGCUGAGUGGCCUUUCCCCAUUCCUGGGAGAUGACGACACAGAGACCCUAAACAAUGUUCUCUCGGCCAACUGGUACUUUGACGAGGAGACCUUCGAAGCUGUGUCCGAUGAGGCCAAAGAUUUUGUCUCCAAGCUCAUUGUCAAGGACCAGAGGGUGCGGAUGAACGCCGCUCAGUGCCUUGCCCACCCCUGGCUCAACAACCUGGCAGAGAAAGCCAAGCGCUGCAACCGACGCCUCAAGUCCCAGAUCUUGCUUAAGAAAUACCUCAUGAAGAGGCGCUGGAAGAAAAACUUCAUUGCUGUCAGCGCUGCCAACCGCUUCAAGAAGAUCAGCAGCUCGGGCGCACUGAUGGCUCUGGGGGUCUGAGCCCUGGGAGCAGCUGAGGCCUGGACACAGCCGCACAGUGGCCGGGGCUGAGGCCACACAGCCCAGAAGGCUGGAUUAGACGGGCCAGACCCCCGGGGUGGGUUGGCCAGGGUGAGGCUGUGCCAGGCUGGGAGGCUCGGGGCUCCCCAUUGCCCCCACGCAGAGACUGCUUCCCCGAUAUGAGCCGCCUGGGGUGUGGCCUGACCCCAUCUUGCUACCGCCUCCCCAGACAGGGCCCCAGCCCAUCAGCCACAGCCCAGACGCCACGGGCCCUGUUGUCCCCUCCCUGGCUCCCCGUCUUAGAACCGCUGUCCCAGCGACCCCUGCUUGGCCUCACCUGGGGAAUCCCUGGCCUGAGCUUGCUCCUAGCUGCAGUGGGAAGGCUGGGGGUCCCAGCAUGUGGGGCUCUGCGGUUGUGGAUGGGAGGCCCUUGGUGGGGCAGGAAGGCAUCAAGGCCAAUCGCUAAGGCCCAGCUGCCAGGGCAGACAGAGCAGGCUUUGUGAAAGAGGGCCUCCAUGCCCCCGCCCACCUCCCCACUCCCAGUAGAUAAGGCCUAGCACACACCAUCUGGCCCAGGCCCGGCCCCCGCCCACCUUCCUUGCGACCACCAACACACAGGAACUUUGUGUGAGAGAGAGGACGCCCAGCCUAGGCCUGGUGGAGGGGGAAGGGAGGGCCUGGAGGACAGGGGAGGCCACCCCCGAGCUUGCCUGAGGGCCAAGCUGGCCCAGCCCAGCCACGCCAGGCCCCCAUCCCAAGGGUCACACACAGCCUCAGCUGAUGGGGUCAGCAGGCCCAGGAUGAGUGGGAAGGCCACUGGGCAGUCCCCAACCUGCUCUCAGCAUGCGCCCUGUAAAUAAAUGUACAGGUUGGA